GUGACUACAUUUGCAAAUGCAUUCUCUUCCCUUUGCGCCUAGCAAGCUCGCUGCCCUUUACUUCGCCUCUAAUUCAUAGUUGUUAGCUUGUGGAGUUGACCAUUCUGGAAAAUGGCUUCGACUGGGCAGGAUAUGGCAGACUUGCAACGAGUUAUUGCCCUGGUGAAGUCGUUACUCAACGCCCAGCUAAAGGACAUAUUGCGAAGUGAGGGCCUCGCGGUUUCGGGUGUUAAGGCGAUUUUACAAGAACGAAUAAUUGACCGACUUGGACAGUUCUUUCAUUCUGGGCGAACCGACAGAUAUGACGCACUAAAAGGAUAUAUCUAUGCCACAGCUCAACAUCAAAUGCCAUCCACUCCAACACAAUCUUCAGCUACAUACCAACCACCUCAAUCUGCACCAUCCACAUAUGCUCAGCAAACAGUGCCCCCAUUUUCUCUUCCAAUGACUCCAAGUCAUUCCUUUUCGACCGGUCGACUUAGUUUUAAAGACAGCCCAUUUUAUUCCAUCAUAGAACCGCUGACGCCUGUGGUAGAAUGCAAAGUUAGGGAAAGUACGCGUGAUAGCGUAAUUUUAAAGGUUGUUCUCUCAGCGCUGAAUGCAGCGCGGAUUCAAAAUGACCCAUCCUUGCGAGUCAUGGUCUAUUGUGCAGCGGAUAGCGGCCUCACCCAAUAUACCAAAUCUGACAUUACAUUUCCUCACCAAGUUGAGCUCAAAGCGAACCUGGAUGACGUUAAGGCAAACUUACGAGGGUUGAAAAACAGGCCUGGUUCAACACGCCCAGCGGACAUUACUAAUUUUAUCCGAAAGAAAGCUGGCUACGUUAACCAGGUCGCUAUGACGUACGCACUCACACAGAAGAAAUAUUUCAUGGUUAUAAACCUCGUUCGAAAACACACAGUGGAGGAAUUGGUAAAUCAAUUACAAGCUCGCAAAUCAUUAUCUGCUGAACAAGUUAUACGUGAAAUGAAAAACAAAGCAGAAGAUGCUGACAUUGUUGCAACCUCUGCCGUAAUGUCGCUAAAAUGCCCCCUAUCGACACUUCGAAUAGCGGUCCCCUGCAGGUCAACGAUUUGUUUACAUACCCAGUGCUUUGAUGCGUCAUCAUUUUUGCAAUUACAAGAGCAGGCCCCGACGUGGACGUGCCCUGUAUGCAACAAAGCGACAAACUUUGAAGCACUACAAAUCGACCAGUACGUUGAUAAUAUACUCAAGUCGACACCGCCGAAUCUUGAUCAGGUUACGGUGGACCCAGAUGGCAAGUGGCAUAUUGGACGAGACGAUGACAAUCCGGUACCGGGUGGAAACCCACCCCCUCCUACUGGUGGCGGGGAGGAUGAUUUAAUCGAAAUCCAAGAUUCGCGACUAGCCACUCUAAAAGAGGAACCAUCUACCACCCCAAUGACCCUUCACAGUACACCGUCAGUUCAAACAGGGGAAUUUUUGUUCGCCCAAUCUACAUCGCGACCAACACCAAAUAAUAAACGACCAGCUAGCCAGGUCAUUGAUUUGACCGUAAGCGAUGAUGAAGACGAAGAACCUUGCCGCCCCGCAAAGCGCCCACAUAUACAACCUAGCCCCAAUCAAUAUUCAAAUCGAUGCUCAGAUUUUGCCUCACGGUCCAGCGGGAAAUUUUCCUAUUUCCAACGUCUCUCUUAG